AUUUUUACUCUGACAUUUCAAAUCCCAACAGUUAAAAGAGCUAUUGUGUUAUCCACUCAGCUCUGUUUGUACUUACAUUUACACACUGUUUUUUUUAUAUAUAUUUCUGAUUGAAACUAUUUCUGACGAGCAACGAUUGUGAUAUUUUUGUUAUUGUUCUAUUGGUUAUCAAAUAUUUUUGAUGUUGUAUCUAAAGUGGUGUCAGUUGAGUGUUUAAUUUGAGUUUUUAAAUGACACAAAAGGCGAACAUGGACAAUUUAUUAAUCGAUUUCAACAAUCUGAAUGUGGAUGAUGAGUCUUCUAGUAGCAAUUGGUCGAAUCAAAAUUCCAAUAAGUCAGUAGCGUUGGAUCAAAAUAAUGCAUCGACAACAGCAGCAUCUGAAUCGAUGGCGUUUCUUUGUUCAUCAGAACCAUUGUACAAAUUGCUCAAUUCCGGAUCAGUCGAUGCAGAUGAUAAUAAUCCAUUUGAUCACUUUGACAAACAAGCCUGCCUGUCGGACGAUCCAUUUGAGAUUGUUGUAAAUGCAGCUCUAAUUUCGUCCAGUGCACCAGCCGAAGCCGAGUUAUUGAACGUUGAGACUGGAACACUGAUAUCGAUAGAAUCACCAAUCAUUUCGAAGAGUGAAUCGGGAAAUGAACCACAUUCUAAAGCAGAAUUUGAUACGCCCAAAAAGGCGAAUCCAUCCAGUGAAACACAUGAUUCCGUCCAAAUAACACCACCUAUUCUGAAAAACCUUUCGCCAAUACCACGCGGCAAAGCAAAAAGUACAUCACUCAAUUUACUGAAGUAUAGUUUAUCAAAUACCCGUUUGGAUUUGGCUGGAGAAAGUGGAUCGCAUGGCGAUGAGUUGUUAUCCGGAGAUGAAAUAGUACAAAAGAAGCAAAAGUAUGGGCCAACGGCUCAGCGUGAGUCCAGCAAAGAUGAUUCGUUCGAUGACAUUUGGGCGACAAAGCCAAAUCUAAUCGAUUCCCAAACUGACAUCGACAUUGAUAGCGACAUUGAUAAUGAUAUUGCAAAAUUGAACAUUCCAAUGUUGAAUAUUCCGACAAAUGGCUCAAAGUCUGGCGAAAAAUCAACAUCAAAAGAAGGUGAUCAAAUAAGCGAAGAGACAGUUGAAUCCAGGGCAGUGAAUCGUAGUCAAAUACUUGAGAAACUAGCUUCAAUUAAACAAAAAAUUCCACAAUCACCGAUGACAAUCGACACGUCGACGGUGGCAGUGACGACACCAACUCACAGUCAAACUGUUGAUAUUACGUGCACUCAAGCGCCAGCCACCAUUGAAGAUGAGCCAGCCACACCGAAGAGUCAAUAUUCAACGGUGGUACUGCCACCAGAAUCGUCGGCUUACAAUCGAAAUUCACUAAUAGAAAACUUGAUGAAACUGGUUGAUCAAUGCGAUGAUAAAAAUAAACAGUCCACAGCUAAACACCUAUUGGAUGAUUUGAGUUCAAUUCUACAAACAGCAAACAAAGGGAACGAUAACCAAGAGAGGCGUAACGGUCUGAUUGGGCUACGACCACCGCAGCCAAUUAAGCGACAAGGAACAUUUAGCAUUGAGAAAAACGCCGACGAUACAGUUGAUGACAGUAAGCUGACUGACACCGAGUAUUCAAAAGAGAGUAUCAAAGCUGAUGGAGAAAUAAGUCCGAUUGAUCCGGCUUUGUCGGAAGUUAUGAAACAAAUUCAAAACGCGUUCGGAUCACAUCAAAAUGUCAAUGUGCUGCAACCGAUGGAAAAUACAACAGCAAAUGCUGCCAAUCCCACUUAUAUUGUUGUCAUGACACAACCAGUAGCAGAUUUCGGCGAGAAUGGUGACUUUCAACGUUUACAACGUGCUCGUAGUCAAUCACUGUCGGCAAAAGAGAAACCAUUAGCAGCUGUUCGUGCUGUUCAACAAAAAGUCGAACCAUCACCAUAUCAAUCCACACCAAUGACAACUCCAAUACAACGUCCGCCACUGCAAAGACGCAGUUCAUUUGGCACAAUCACAAGAACGACACCGAAAAAUGAGAAAAUUAAAUCGGUGAUUCCGCCGGUCAAGGCAGAUGCAGCAAAAGUCAUCCGUCGGCGUUCACUACAAGGCCCAACAAUGGUUAAUACAAAGCCAACGCCAAAAGAGUCCGAACCCGCCCAAAUGAAACCAUUGAAUCCAGUUGCAAGAAGACGAUCUUUUCAAGGUCCACCUAUAUCCACAACUGGUGGUAUACGAUCACCGUCUCCAAAACCAAGCCUCAACUCAAAUUUGAAUCGCCCGAACGCACCGUUACGUUUGCAAUCCAGCACAACUGGCACUUUAACGCGACGCAAAUCAUUCGCCAGUGAUUUGACGAAUUCCACGAAAGACUCGCCGCAAAAGUUGAGAACAUCGUAUGGCAUAAUGAAAAAACCUCAAGUGCCACCAGCUACACGGAAUUUGAAAAUCCGAGUGUCACAGACGGUGGGUGGACGAUCAACAGCACCGUUACGUGCCUUUGUACCAAUGAAGAGUGUCGCAUCUAUGCUUUUGAUCAAUGAGACAGUUGCAUCAGUUGACAAUAACAAGGGAAGUUUUCUUAUCACCAGCACACCACGAAGCGUUCUGUCCAAGUCUCCUACUGCUAACAUAAAAACAGGCUCUUUAGCAGAACGAUCAGAGUUACCAGCUGAGUCGCCAAUUCCAAGUUUAAAAAAGGAUAGAACAUAUCUGACUAUGACACCACCCAAACCGUCCGUUCAAGCGGCAUAUAGCAGUGGACAGAAUCGGCGCCGAACCUUAUCAGACUACCGCAGCGAAGUGAAUAACAGCGUAACCGUGGAUCCUAGUUCCAGUGGUAAAACGGUCUCGAGCAUCAAAAAUGCCACAAAAACGUUAGCCAGCGGACUAAGCAAAUUCAAAAGAAUGUCGGGCAUCGGACUGAAGAAGCCUUCAAGUACGGCCAGUAAAGAAAACAAACAGCCAUAAUGGGAUACAUUAACUAAACUCGAAGCUAUAAUAUGGAUUGCAUGAAUUGGUAGAGUGUCCUUACUCUGAAGCUGCGCAUAAGUUGGUCUAUAGACCCGUUAUAAUAUACAAAUCGGUUUCUUUUGCUCAAGAUGAAAUCUCAAGAAAAAUAUAGAAAAAUCUUAAAUAAAACUUUCAUGAAUAUCAAUUACUAAAACAAGAAA